AGAAACAAAUAUAGCUAAAAUAUUUACUUCAAUACCAAGCAGCAAUGGCAAACAGUGGAGAAAAUGGAAGACACCAAGAAGUUGGACACAAGAGUCUCUUGCAAAGUGAUGCUCUUUAUCAGUACAUUCUUGAGACAAGCGUGUACCCAAGAGAGCCUGAAGCAAUGAAAGAGCUAAGAGAGAUUACUGCAAAACACCCUUGGAAUAUUAUGACCACCUCCGCCGAUGAAGGACAAUUUUUGAAUAUGCUUCUCAAACUCAUCAAUGCCAAAAAUACCAUGGAGAUUGGUGUUUUUACUGGUUACUCUUUGCUGGCAACUGCCAUGGCUCUUCCAGAUGAUGGCAAGAUUCUAGCCAUGGAUAUCAACCGCGAUAACUAUGAAAUUGGUCUUCCAGUAAUUGAAAAAGCUGGUCUAGCUCACAAAAUUGAAUUCAGAGAAGGCCCUGCACUUCCUGUUCUUGACCAAAUGAUUGAAGAUGGCAAAUACCAUGGAUCAUAUGACUUCAUAUUUGUGGAUGCUGACAAGGACAAUUACUUGAACUAUCACAAAAGAUUAAUAGAGUUGGUGAAGGUUGGUGGAUUAAUUGGCUAUGACAACACCCUGUGGAAUGGAUCAGUGGUGGCACCACCUGAUGCACCGCUAAGGAAAUAUGUUAGGUAUUAUAGGGAUUUCAUAUUGGAACUCAACAAGGCCUUGGCUGCUGAUCCCAGAAUCGAAAUUUGCCAGCUUCCCGUCGGCGAUGGCAUUACCCUUUGUCGCCGCAUCAGUUAAAUAAACACUACUAUUAUCUAUGAACGGAACAGAAGGCAUGCCACUACUGGACUAGCUCAUGGCAAUGGAGGAUUUAUUAUUUUUUUGAAUUUCCCUGUUUUGAAUCAUUCCUUAUUUUGUCUUCUCUUUUUUCCACUUCUGUUUUCUAGUAAAGAUUACAUUGUGUACUGAGAUUCUGGGUGUUUGCCUUGAUUGGACGAGUUUAUGUUGCUUCAUUUCAAUCACA